UCUCUGGAGGAAGGGGGGGGGGACUUGGAAACUGAGAGCAGAGGUUAACACCCCCCCGCACACACCCCGCAACCCCUGCACAUAAAGGAGGCAUCUGUAUUUUUGGUAACCAGCACUGACUUUGUUGUUGCAACUUGAGACAUGGAUGUUCUCCCAAUGUGCAGCAUCUUCCAGGAACUCCAGAUUGUGCACGACACGGGUUACUUCUCAGCCUUGCCGUCCCUGGAGGAAUAUUGGCAACAGACAUGUUUGGAGCUGGAGCGGUAUCUUCAGAGUGAACCCUGUUAUGUUUCUGCAUCUGAAAUCAAAUUUGAUAGCCAAGAGGAUCUCUGGACCAAAAUUAUUCUGGCACGUGAGAAAAAGGAGGAAUCUGAACUGAAGAACACAUGUGUCCCAAAAGAGGACAAUCUUGCUAGUCAGAACUUAGAGACCAACAGUUUGAAUUCUGACGUGAGCAGCGAAUCUUCAGACAGCUCUGAGGAGCUCUCGCCCACGACAAAGUUUACCUCUGACCCUAUAAGCGAUGUUUUAGCCAGUUCAGGAAACUUGAGUUCAUCUGUCACUUCCACUCCCCCUUCGUCUCCUGAGCUGAGCAAGGAGCCUUCUUCCCAGCUAUGGAAUUGUACGCCGGGUGAGUUGCAUUCGCCGGGGAAAAUCCGUGCCGGUACCACCGGAAAGACUGCAGAGAAAGGUGCACCCUCCAACGGGGACACCUCGCCAGACGGCAGGAGGCGCGUCCACAGGUGUCAUUUCAACGGCUGCAGGAAAGUUUACACCAAAAGUUCACAUCUGAAAGCACAUCAGCGCACUCAUACAGGGGAAAAGCCUUACAGAUGUUCAUGGGAAGGGUGUGAGUGGCGUUUUGCAAGAAGUGAUGAAUUAACCAGACACUUCAGAAAGCACACUGGUGCCAAGCCUUUUAAAUGUAGUCACUGUGACAGGUGUUUUUCCAGGUCCGACCACCUGGCCCUUCACAUGAAGAGACACCUCUGAACGGGUCAAGAGGUGAAUCCUGCGGGCUAAGAGGCGUCAAGGUCCGAGAGCCUUGAGCGGAGGGAUGCGUGUUCCAGCCAAAGCAUGCCAUUUUGCACCCUACCCAGUUGCCUCCAGGACCUCACUUCCCUGAAGGUCUUUUGAGGGCUAAUAAGUCAUGUAAGAACGGCAUAGCAACCGCGGUGCGUGAUGUUUGGGGUUUCCUGGACUCAUACACUGGUCUCUAACCUUCUGAGUGGCUCCUAAGCCUUUGCCGUGAGCAUGUGCACUGAGAAUGUUAAUGAUUGGGCGACUGUAUGCGAUGAGGAUCUCUUGAUGACUGUAUGCUGAGGCACAUUUUUUUUCUUGUGGUUGUUUUAUAACUGUAAGAGAAAAAAAAUAGUCUGAAUGUCUUGUAUGUGAGGAAUAUCUUGUGAGAUGGGACGACCACCAAUCAUUUCCUAGGGGUGGGGGGAGGGGUGUCUGCACCUUUUUAGAGGGAAAACCUGAGAGGGGGAAAGGGGGGAAUAAAAAGAGUCAGGAUGCCAGAAUGGAAAUGGGGAACCUCCCUGUUCCUGUGUGAGAGGAGCUUUAGGUGUCUGGUGCAGCUAUUAAACGUGCAAUGUGUCAAGUAGCUUGUUUUACUUGCUACAGAGCUCAUUUGUAAUCCAUUGUAUAAGCUGUGUAUUUACAAAUGUAACACAACUAUAACUUUUCAUUAUAAUACAAAGGUUAUUGCAUGGUUCUGGGGAACUAUAUGCUUUUCCAUUCUUUAAUCAGGACUGCAGUUUUGAUUCCAGUUAAGAGCAGCUAAAAUACAAUUGGUCUAAUGUUACAUAAUGUAUGGAACAUGAAUAAUUUUUUUGUUGGGUGGAUAAAACCACUAUUGGUUAGAAACUGAUUUUUCUCAUGCAGCUAAUUUUUCUCUUAUUUAUGCCUUGAGGACUAACUUCUGGUUUUCUAGCUGUUAAUGCACUGUUGACCUUAAUAAUGGUGCCUUAUGCAAGUGACCUUCUCUUGCAGGGGGUCUUAUACAGGGGUAUGGGUGAUGCAUGCUUUAUUAAGGCUCUCUUUUCACCUGGCAUUGUACUGUAUCAAAUGUAUAAUAUGAGGG